AUGGCGGACCAUCCUCCUCCGCCACCGCCGCACAUCCUCGUCUUCCCCUUCCCAGCACAAGGCCACGCCCUCGCUCUCCUGGACCUAAUCCACCAUCUCUCCCUCCGCCGCCGCUUCUCCCUCACCGUCGUCACCACUCCCAAAAACCUCCCCUCCCUCGCACCGCUCCUCUCCCUCCACCAACCCCCCUUCCUCAACCUCCUCGUCUUCCCUCUCCCGCCCCACCCCCUCCUCCCCGCCGGCGUCGAGAACGUCCAACAAAUCGGCAACGCCGGCAACCUCCCCAUCAUCACCGCCCUCCACAAAUUAUCCGACCCAAUCGCCAAUUGGUUCCACUCCCAACCCGACCCGCCCGUCGCCAUCAUCUCCGAUUUCUUCCUCGGAUGGACCCUCGCCCUCGCCCGCCGCCUCCACAUCCCUAGGUUCGCCUUCUUCUCCACCCGCGCCUUCCUCGCCUCCCUCAACGACCACCUGUUCGCCGACGUGGAGGCCGUCAGGGACAUGGACCCCGUGGUGUUCGAUCAAUUGCCCGGCUCGCCGACGUUCAAAUCCGAGCAUCUCCCUUCCACGUUCCGCCGCUACGUUCCGGGGAAUUCCGACUGGGAGCUCGUCAGGGAAGCCCUGCUGUCCAACCUGCUCAGCGACGGCUGCGUCUUCAACACUUUCCAUGCCCUCGAGGGUCCGUAUUUGGAUUUCCUCAGGCGGAAAAUGGGUACCCAAAAGGUCUACGCGGUCGGACCGGUCAGCUUGUUAGGAACCGGAGGCGAUCCAAAAAAUUUGGGUGAUCACCCGGGCUCUGACGUGAUUCACUGGCUCGAUCAUUGCCCGGAUAAUGGUUCCGUGCUCUAUGUCUGCUUCGGUAGCCAGAAGCUGAUGACCAACCACCAGAUGGAGGCACUAGCUGCCGCUCUGGAGCAGAGCAUGGUGCGUUUCGUUUGGGUCGUGAAGAAACCGGGUCCGGAAAUGGAAUUCAGUUUACCGGAUGGGUUUCAAGACCGGGUAUCUGGCCGGGGGCUCGUGCUGGACGGGUGGGCACCGCAGGUUACGAUACUGAACCACCCGGCAGUGGGUGGGUUUUUGAGUCACUGCGGGUGGAAUUCGUUGUUGGAAGCGGUGGCUGCUGGAGUUCCGAUUCUGGGUUGGCCGAUGGAAGCUGACCAGUUUGUCAAUGCUAGACUACUGGUUGAGGAUCUGGGUGUAGCCGUGAAGGUUUGCGAGGGUGCUGACACGGUCCCUGAUCCGGUCGAGUUGGGGAGACGGAUCGCCCAGUCGAUGAGUCAGGGUUUGGCCGAGAGGAAGAGGGCUGGUGAGAUGAAGGACGAGGCGUUGGCUGCUGUGGAACAAGGCGGGAGCUCUCAGAUUGACUUGGAAAGGUUCGUGCAGGAUUUGCAGAAACUGCAAAUUGAAGAAAAAGGAGAGGGUAUUAAGUAA